AAAAUUAUUAUAUACAGGCGUAUAUAAGUAAUAUUAAUUUUUGUAAAUUAAUGAUCGUCGAAUAAUUCGUUUCGUAUUUAUCUAGUUAUAUUCCCAGAAUUGAUUGAUAAUGAUAUCAGUAUUAGAGUAAUACAUUGAUAACUGAAUCGAUUCGAUUCUUGUAACGUGUAGAUAGAUCGUAACAAUAAGGUAAAAGAUACAUUUAUGAGUAUAUCCUUUAAGAGCCAACGAAAAGAAGCGAUUGUACAAAUUUUGAUAUCUCCUAUGUGAUAACCACCUGUGCCGUACUUAUAAUCAAAAAUAUUACGUAGUCUGAUUUUUGUAUCAAAGAAAACCCUGCUCAACGACACCAUCGACUUUUUGCAUCAUUUCAUUUAUCGAUAAGAUCGUUGCAACACAUCGACGUAUUGCCCAUCUCGUAGAUCCGGGGCGUUGGAGCAAAGAUGCUGGCGGGUUCCUGAAGAAAGUAGUAGACGAGUGGGACUGUCGUCGACGUGGUUACGCGACAAUAACAAUUAUAAAAUAUAUCAUGUUUGACAUGAAUCAGUCAGUGAAAAAAAUGCUAUUUCAAGCAGGGAUAAUGGUGCGUUAGAUAAGAGGUGCUAAUCGCUUGGUAAACCGUGCAUUCACGAGAAAUGGAAGAUGAACAACCGGCGAGAGAAGCCAACAAGAUAUGCGGUGUUUGCGGCGAUCGCGCCUUGGGAUACAAUUUCAAUGCGGUCUCUUGUGAAAGUUGUAAGGCCUUCUUCAGGAGAAACGCACUUAAAAAUAAGGAUUUCCGGUGUCCUUUUACAGAAAAUUGUAGCAUCACACCAGUGACUAGACGUUUUUGUCAAAAAUGCCGCUUGGAUAAGUGUUUCAGUAUUGGCAUGCGUAAGGAAUACAUCAUGUCUGAAGAGGACAAGGUUUUAAAGCGUCAGAAGAUAGAACAGAAUCGUGCAAAGAAGCGGCCUCAAUCGGAUAACGUUAAAGCUUCUAAAAUAAAGAAGGAUUGCGUGGAAGAUUGUACCUUUGAGGAUACAGCUAUGUCAAUGAAUUCAGUUGCAUCUACUGUAUCCGAUACGUACUUUUGGGAGUCCGACAAGAAGUAUGCAGACUUAGAUGCGGGUAGGCAAAAUCCUAUGGAGAAUAUGAGUCCGGUUACUGCAGCUAGCGUUCCAAGUCCAUCUAGCCCACCGGAAAGUGGAAAUAUAACGGGAUCUAAAACUUUAGAUAUGCUAAAGGACUCUUAUAGUAAUAAAUGUAACUUCGUUAAGUACGAGUUAAUCUCCCAAUACGAUGAACCUAACGCGGAUGUGGACUCUACUAGAAGAAUUACAUCUCAUUCGCCUAUACAAAGUACAAGAACAAGGUACAAUGAAUUUGAUCUUGCAUCUCGUUCUGCGGGAAAUGACAAAAGUAUGUCCAUAAGUUCACGAAAGUUUGACCAAAAUUUGUUAGAAUUUGAUUCCAAUUUUGGUAAUUCGAGCAAUCAGUCGCCACGCUAUACGCACGAGUACGAAGACAGUACGACAAGUUAUUGCAAGUACGAACAGAGCCCUGAAAGUGGUCCCUCUACAUUCAUUGACUGUACCUCGAAUGUAGAAGCUACGCAAUUGAAUUUAAGUCCCAUUUCUCAUACUAAUGUACAAACGUUUACCGAAGAGACUACAGCAUGUCAGAGGCCAAAAGAAAUGUGCCCUAAAGGGAACGAUUUAGUUAAUAAAUUUACGCAAAAUCCAGGACUGGUUAUGAAAUUUGUCAACAAUCCUCAUCUAGUUGCAAAAAUAUUUCAAGAUAGAAAUUUAAUUUUGAAGAUCAUGACGGAUCCGGUACUUGUCAAUAGAUUAGCGGCAGAUCCGCAAAUAUCGCAAUUUUUUAAAGAGAAUAACGUCGACAAUAAUGAUGCAGAUCCUGGGGAUCAGUUAAGCUCUCAACAAGAGGAAGACACGAUGGAAGAGCACGUUUCUGUUGCUACGAGUAAACACCAAUGCAAGAGCAAACAAUAUAACGUGGAAAAUCCAAUCUUAACGGAUCUAAUAACGUAUAAAAAUACUGUAAAUUACAAAAAUAAAGAUGCAGCAGAUCCAAGUAUGAAUAAAAUGACGGCUGACGUUACUAAAGAUGUACUUCAAGAUGUUCAAAGAAUACCAAUUGCUGCCAAUUCGAUCGAAUCGAUAUUGUGUGAAGCUAUUAAAUUGGAAUUUUCAGCAUAUUCCGCUCUUGGUGGGAAUCAAAGCACCAGAGAGCUAAACGAUGCUGAAAGAGCAAAGUUAAAUGAAUUAAUAGUAGCUAAUAAAGCGCUAUUAGCUCCAUUAGAUGAUGAUAUAACAAACUUAGUUGGAGAAGAAUGCAAAUUUAAAGGAAGUUUCGGCCAAUCCGAUCCUAUGUUAUUGGAUGUUAUCAAUUUAACAGCUAUAGCAAUACGACGUCUUAUAAAAAUGUCCAAAAAGAUGAAUGCUUUUAAGAAUAUGUGCCAGGAAGAUCAAUUGGCCCUUUUGAAAGGGGGAUGUACAGAAAUGAUGAUCCUAAGAUCGGCGCUUAAUUACGAUCCGGAUAAAGAUAUGUGGAAAAUACCUCAUAGCCAAGAAAGAAUGUCAAAUAUAAAAGUUGAUGUUUUAAAGGAAGCAAAAGGUAAUUUGUAUGCUGAACAUGCAAAAUUUGUUAGAACGUUCGAUCCACGUUGGAGAGAUGAAAAUAUAAUUUUAAUUCUAAGUGCAAUUGCUCUAUUCACACCUGAUAGACCAAAAGUUGUACACAGUGAUGUAAUUAAGUUGGAGCAGAAUUCGUAUUAUUAUCUUCUGAGACGAUACUUGGAAAGCGUUUAUCCAGGUUGUGAAGCUAAGUCCACUUUUUUAAAAUUAAUUCAAAAGAUUUCUGAACUCCAUAGAUUGAAUGACGAGGUUGUUAACGUUUAUUUAAAUGUAAAUCCAUCUAGCGUAGAGCCAUUACUUAUAGAAAUAUUCGACUUAAAGCACUGAUAUUAACAUUUUGCAUACUUUUACUGAUUCUUACCUCAUAGCUUAUUAUCGGAGAAAUAGAAAAUAGAUAAUUCUAUAUCAAUUCUUAAUGAAGCCUUAUAUGAAAAUACUGUGAUCAAAUUGAGUAGGUGUCAUUCUUAUUAAACUGGUUAUGACCAUAAAUAUCUUUUUUAUUAUAUCAUAGCAUUGUUAUUAUUAUUAUUAUUAUUAUUAUUAUCAUUAUUAUUAUUAUUAUUAUUAUUAUUAUAUUGAAAAGAGUGCAAUGUCUUUUGUUAAAAAUACAAUGUUCACAUAUUUUUGAGAAACAUGCAACCAACUGCUUUAAACGUAUUAUAUAGUGUUAAGUUCAAUUACAUUCAAAGAAUGAAACAAGACAAAUGUAACCAUGUAGGGAAGCAUUACUUUGGCUAGUCACUUAACAGGAUGACAUCAUCAGAAAUGUAAUAAAAUUUUAAGCACAAGUGAAUGUAUCUUAUGACAUGUUCAAUGACAAUAUCUUAUUUAUCUAAAUUAUUUUUUUAAAGUAAUAACAAGAUAUAUAUAUAUAUAUAUAUAUAUAUAUAUAUAUAUAUGUGUGUCGAUUAAUGUUUUUUUACAUAAUAGAUACGAACAAAAUUACGAUGUUUUCGAUGAUUAAUGAUGCUUUAAAAAUUCCGACCUUUAACAUUGUGCAUAAUCGUAAUUGAAACAUUUAAUACAGAAAAUUUACUUGCAUUAAAGGAGAGAAAAGUUUGAGUCAUGCGAAUUCUGUAAAAAUAAAAUUUCGAAUAUUUCAAAAAAAAAAAAGGAAAAAAGGAAAAAAGGAAAAAAGAAAAAAAGAAAAAAAUUAUCUAUAUACAUAUAAAAGAAAAAAUAGAAUAUAGAUGUAUCUUUAUAAAUGUAUAAAAGACCGAGAUUUUCUAAAAGUGAAUGUAUUUACUUUGUUGUAAAAAAUAAGCAAUCAUGCGAUAUGACUGGAUAUGAUAUAUGAAGCGAAAUAAUUUGAACAAAUUUCUAUGUAUUUCGAGGAAACAAGAUAUUUAAUGUCAUUCAAUAUGGCAAACUUGUCGUUAAUAUAGGAUAAUAUUUAAAAGUAUGGUACUAAAUAUCCAAUUAUAUUUUAAACAAUGAACGGCUUUGAAUGACUAAAAAUAAUCAUAAAACUUAUUGAAAAUGAUUUUAUUCCAUAAAAUUAUUCUUCUCAUAUUAGAAUCUAUAAGUUGGUAUAAAUAUAAAUAGAAAGAAACGAAUGCUUUAAAAUAUGUAUCUAAAAGAUUGAACAGAAAUGAGAUAUUCUUAUGUCAUUGUGUACAGAUUAGUUCAUCAUCGAUUCUUUAUAUGAAUUUUAACGCAAAAAAGAAGAAACCUAUAAAUUUAUAUUUGAUAUGAGUAUUGUGACAUUUACCAAGACCUGUGUUCAUAAAUAGCUGAUUCUAUAUGUUCAGUUAUGAUAUUGCUGCUAUGCAGUUUGAAAGAUAAAGAAUAAAAUUGUUUGAACUCAGUCCUUGGUAUAAGAAUGAAAGUAAGAAAGGAAUUGUAAAACUUAGAAAAAAAGAAAAGAAGAGUUAUAAUUAAAUGAUAUGUGUACAAGUUAUAAAUGUUAUAAUGUACACGAGAUAUUGUGAUACGCUUACAUGAAUAUAUUUUUCAUACAAUA